AUGACAGUAUGGAGGCCUGUCUGUUCCUAUGCCAGCCAGGGCACUCCCAGGCCCGUUUGCAGCCAGAACACAGCCGGUUCCGUGUGCUUGUCCUCAGGACCCAUUAGGAAUGAAUCCAGGCCUCGGUCCUGGCCUCCUCUCUGAGGCUGGACGCUCAGGCGUUCCCUUCAGCCCCUUUCUCUAGACCUUCCUGCUGAACAAACGAAAACAUCUCACAGCCCUGCAACAGCCAGGAGCUGCUGGUGGAGCUCCACGCCCGGCCGCAGAAAGAGGAGGCGCCGUGGGCAGCCCGCCAGCAGGGCUCUCACAGCGGAAGCCCACGUCUUCUUCGGCUCUAUUUUGAAAACUGUUCUUUCUACAAUGCCUUUGACAAGAAUCGAUUUGAGUGAGCCAGCAUGUCAAUACAGGCUAGCACAGGACUGGCCUCAGGGCCACAUUGGGGCGGGUGGCAACCAGGCCCUGGCUGCAGCCCACACGGGCAAAAGCAUGGCCAGGCAGGAGGAGGUGGGACCUGUGAGGUUGGCUACAGCGACUGUGGGUGCUGGGCUCGGGGCUCCUCAGCCCUGA